GGAUAUCAGGUUCCUGCUUGGAAUGCAAGGUGGAGGAAGAACAGAUUUUGGGAGAAAGGUAAUGAACUCUGUUUUGGACACUUCACUUUGAAGAGCCUGUGAACAGUCAAGUGUUUAACCAGCAGUUGCAGAUAAAUCUGGAGCUCAGGAGAGGAAGGUUUGGGCUGGGGGUGUGGAUUUGGGUCAGAAUAAUCACCGAAGCCCAGGAACAGGCUGGUGUGGAACGUGACACAAUACUGUUGAUUAAGCUAUCAACCUUAAAGAGAAGGGUCCAAGAGGCUGAGCAGAUGAGCUGAGAGUGCGUGAUCAGAGGUAGAGGAAAACCUGCAGAGACUCUUGAGGGAGUGUCAAACUUUGUGAAAGGUCAUGGGAAGAGAGGGAGCCAGGGCUGUGUGUGUUGGGCCAUUUUGGUGACCUUGAUCCGAGCAGCUUUGGUGGUGGGGCGGGAGCAGAUACCAGGGUGUCAGAGGCCUGGGAAUUAAAGCAGUGGGGUCAAGAGGUGUGGACUGCUCUUUUUAGAAGUUUGAUGGGGAGAGAAAGAGGGAGAAGGGGUGGUUCCUUGAGAAACAAGAUCAAAGGAAGGUGAUUCUAGCACAGUGAGACUUCAGUAAGUUUGUGAGCCAAGAAGAAAAAGCAGGGUCCACACAGAGGUGAAAGAUAAAGGCCAGGAGAGGAGUAUGCCUGGAGCAGGGCUCCCAGGCGGAGGGGGUGUGGUCAGAUGGAGGGGGUGUGGUCAGAUGGAGUGGGUGUGGUCAGGCAGAAGAAGGCUUUAAAAAGUCACAGCCUCAUGGAGAUGGCCUCCACCACAUUUUUCUUUUUUUAACAUUCCUUUUUUCAGUCUUUAUCAUUUUUUAUUCUGGACUUUGCUGGUACUAUCUUGAGUAGCAACGAUUACAUUUUGCUAACCUUGGCUUGUUUUGCAAUCCCAGAGGAGGGAGCCGUGGCUUAGCCACUUCCUUUUUUCUUCUUCCACCCUCCUGGAAAUUGUUCUAUUGUUUCCUUCUUGGAAGGGCUGACAUUUUUGGUUGUUUCUGGAGCCAUCUCAGUGGGGCAUGACCCCCUAGGGCAGAGAAGGUUUGGGCAGAAGCAGAUGGAAACACUGGCAGAUGUUUCUAACUCACAGCUCUGGCUUCCUGUGGGGCGUGGCGGAGGGCAAGGAGAGGGCACCUUUGAGGAGAGGGAACACAGCUCCAUUUGGUUUUCUUUAGCAUGCUCUGGCUGAAAUGCUCACCCUGAGCUCCACCAGCUGGGAAGCAACUGUGACCAGGCCAGGUGCCAGGAGCCAGGAGGCCUGUGUGGGGUCUGGCUGGCUGUGGUUAGGCUGGUUCUUCUCACACAUGGAAGUCAUCCCUAAGGCCCCUGUUCUGCCCCAGCUCCUUGCCCCUCUUCUGAGCUCAGACCCGGGGCUGGGUGGGACUUGGGACUGUUCACAGAGCCCUUGUGCCUUGCAGCUACCUGGUGAUGCCCUUCAUGCAGACAGACCUACAGAAGAUCAUGGGGAUGGAAUUCAGUGAGGACAAGAUCCAGUACCUGGUGUAUCAGAUGCUCAAGGGUCUUAAGUACAUCCACUCAGCUGGGGUCAUCCACAGGGACCUGAAGCCAGGCAACCUCGCUGUGAACGAGGACUGUGAGCUGAAGAUCUUGGAUUUUGGGCUGGCACGGCUUGCAGACGCCGAGAUGACUGGCUAUGUGGUGACCCGCUGGUACCGGGCCCCCGAGGUGAUCCUCAGCUGGAUGCACUACAACCAGACUGUGGACAUCUGGUCUGUGGGCUGUAUCAUGGCAGAGAUGCUGACAGGGAAAACCCUGUUCAAGGGGAAAGAUUACCUGGACCAGCUGACCCAGAUCCUGAAAGUGACCGGGGUGCCGGGCACAGAGUUUGUGCAGAAGCUGAAUGACAAAGCGGCCAAAGCCUACAUCCAGUCCCUGCCACAGAGCCCCAAAAAGGAUUUCUCUCAGCUCUUUCCUCGCGCCAGCCCCCAGGCCGCAGACCUGCUGGAGAAGAUGCUGGAACUGGACGUGGACAAGCGCCUGACAGCCUCGCAGGCCCUCACCCACCCCUUCUUUGAACCCUUCCGGGACCCUGAGGAGGAGACAGAGGCCCAGAAGUUUGAUGAUUCCUUAGAACAUGAGAAACUCACAGUGGACGAAUGGAAGCAGCACAUCUACAAGGAGAUUGUCAACUUCAGCCCCAUUGCUCGGAAGGACUCGCGACGCCGGAGUGGCAUGAAGCUGCAGUGACUUGUCCAGCCAACCCCUGGCUGAGCCUGGGGACCACCACAUGGCAUCACCUGCCCCGAGGACCAGUAUUUAUUUGUUGCUACUAAAGUUUUCAACCCAUCUUGGAUUAUAGCCUUCCACGCAGAGGACAGAAGGGCCCUGCUUCCUUAUGUAGGAAGCAGAAUUCAAAGAUGUUGGUUGGAAGAAAAUAGCUCUGGUUGUAACCACCCACAUUAAACACCCAUGUGGAUAAUCGCC